AUGACGCAUCUGCUUUAUGGAGCUGGAUGUGAAAUGAUGUCAGGGUCUGAGCACCAGUUAGUUGGUGGUGCUCGUUUGAAGUUCAAGGCCGAAUUCAAGCAAGUCUCAUGGUUUCACCAAAAAGCGUACCAUCGUAUCGUGCUUCCAAAACUGCUCGUAUCGGAUUUUCUCUCUUUGAAACUCCAGGUUUCAGGUCUGCGAAAUGACAAAAGGUUGGCGGACCUCAUUGUGAUUUCGGAAAUAUCCAUUGAGCUCCAGGAGUUCGUCAGUGUACAUGAACAAGGGCACUUUUUCAAGGAAGUGAAGACCGAGGUGUUGUUCAAAAAGGCUCCGUUUUGCACGGUCGUUCUCUCAAAAACACCUUUGGAUAUUUGUCCAGAUAUCGCUUUACCAGACCUUGGUCCAUCCUUUUUCACCAAGGACCUCACAAGGAGCUAUGGGUUGCGUAUUUCGGUGAAGGUCUCUCACAAGAGCCUUCCAAGCGUAUCUGCUUCAACAUUUAUGGAAUUGAACGUAGCACAAGAGACCCAAGAACGCAUAAACUACAAAGCCUUGGACGACCAGGAGUACUAUGGAAGCAGCUCGACAGCACAAACCCUGUUGUUUCAAGACUCACGCACGGAAGGGUAUUUGGAAGCUUUUAGGAAGAAGUUUCAAAUAACCUUGUUUGAGAAUAGGAACAGCUUUCUGCUGUGUCUAGUCCAGUCCCACACUAACGGGUCCUCCAGCUAUGUAUUCGGUUCCGUGGACGGUAGAGAACCAGCCCUGGCUAAGAAAGAAGAAGUGUGCUUUUCAAACUACGUCUUUGACUUUAUACAAAAGGUGAAGAGUAUUUCUCGUCUAUUCACUGCUCAAGUGCCGAAACCACACUCAAUCCGUGCUUUGGUCACAGAAAGACCAAUUUCAGGGGGCGAUGUCUCUAAUACUAGUGAGCCAUAUGCUUCGACUUGUCUUACGAUUGGCAACCAGGCAGUGGAAGCAGUUGACAAAAACUCGAGAUGGCUGAGAGCAACCAGAGAUAAAGUUCUUACGAUUGGAACUGCAAAGGUGCCUCUUUCUAUCCGUCUUGUAUUAAAUGAUUGUUUCAAACUGUCUGGAGGGUUUGGUGACAGCGUCAUUGCAACACCUGGAAUGAAGCUCUCGGAUCUUUUGAACGUCCAGUUUAUUCUUCCGUUGAGCUUCGAGACUUUGGCAUCCGGUGAAGUACUGGUAGAGGAUUUGAAUAUUAAAGUGCGUAGACUCGUGGUUACUCUUCAUGAGUUAGAUGGUCACAUUAAAACGACGACGUUGACUGAUCAAAGAGGUUUGCCAUUGCUUCACUGGAACAAUUUCAGGUACCCGGUUGCCGGUAAUCCGACGGCUUGUGCUUUCCAUCUUCCAGAGGAACUCAUUGAGGGUACAAUUCCCAAUCGUCUCGAGUCGAUCUCGCAGGUUUCAGGUUAUCUCUCGUCGUUUUGCUUGAUAGUUGUAUUGCUUGUUGAUAAGGGCGAGAGGGCCUACGCCUGGCCGAUGAGACUCGUGAUUGCUGAUCCUUGA